AUGGAUCUCCACCCGGGGAACCGGCAGCUUGGAUGGGUGCUAGGGAAGGGACGCUGGAACACUCGUGAUAAUUAUUCAAGCUCUGUCACGGGCGGUGGUGUAGAUAUCCUCCUCACAGCCAAUAUCAAGGAGCCACUUCUCAGGGGGCGGCAUGCGCGCUUGUUACAUUCAUUAGAAUCCCAUAUUCUUUUAUUAAUCGCGGAUAAGAAGUUGCGAGUUGGCGAGAGGCAUCUAAGUCCAACCAACGUUGCUGCGUUUGGUCAGAGAAGGACAGUCGUUGCAUUUGGUGAUCUGGAGUACGAGCUCUCCUUCACGAACAUCGACCAGUCAUUAUACCGAGCUCAACUUGAUCAGCUCUCGCAGUUCCUCAACUACCAGGGGGACCGGCCGGGAAUAUUUGUGGAUCCAACCCCCGCGGAAACUGAUUACAUGAUUAUGAACAAAUACUUCAUUAGAAGCUCAUUCACACAAGGAUCGACCUGUUGGAUGUGUGCCGCAGUGGACAAGGAUACAGGCGCCAGUGUUGCGGUGAAGAAGAUUAUUGCAGUAUCUUCUAGUAGUCUGCGUCAUGCCCGUCGCGAGAUCGAUGCAAUGAAAAGGCUAUUAUCGGAACGCCCGCCUAUCACUGUAAGCUCGCUGAUCGAUUCCGUCAUAAUCGAACCCAGCACCUCCUCUGGUGCCACUGAAUGCUUCAUCAUAUCUCAGCCACUUAUCAGUGGAACGCUUGGUCAAUUGCUUCCAUCUCAAUCGCUUCCAAUGACCUCUCGCCUCUUGCUUUUCGAACAAAUGCUCGACGGACUUGCAUUUCUUCAUGCAGAAGGUUGUAUGCAUCGAGAUAUAAAACCCGACAACAUUCUCGCUUCGCCUUCCCCUAUUCGUGCGGUAAUCAUCGAUUUUGGUUGUGCCACGUGGGAAACUUCUUCCAAAGACCACAUGAAAGGCACGAUUCGUUACUUGGCGCCCGAGAUUAUUGCCCUCAAGGAGAAUACCGCUCCUCUGGAUACUACUUAUAACAUAUCCGCUGAUGUUUGGAGCAUGGGUUUGACUGCGUACGAAUUGCUGCGUGGUUCCCGAGCUAGGUUCCAAAGAAUAUCAUGGAAGUUUUAUGAUGAAGAGUUGCUCUCAACAAUCGGCGUCACAUCAGCACUUGGUAGUGACGAAGUGAAGUGGGCCUUUGCCCUAAUCAAAGAAAUGCUUCGUUGGGAUCCCAAGUCACGAAUCGAGUCAAAGGAAGCACGCCAGAAGUGCCCCACGUUCAAGGCAGAGAGUAAACAGCGACUACUUCCGCCUGGAAAACGAGAACGUGGGAGUCGGUGCUGA